UGUCAAAUCCAUUAUGGUGUCUUGACAGUGACGUUUAUAUUUACAUAAUUUUUUAUGAUGCUGGUCCUAAUGUUAUCGCCAUGGGAACUCCAGGCGAUAAAUCAGGCAGCAUCAAAGAGGUAGUGAAAACAGAACCUGAGGAGACUACACACCGACUGUCAGAUCCCCAACAACAGGAAAUAUUUUUUUCUCCACAAGCACCGCCCCCACAAGGUUUGCCAGUACCAUCAGUUUUAUCCUCGCCUGAACAAACCACUUCUAUUGACAUGGGUGUCAUCGAAAGGAUACCAUAUUUUAGAAGUCUGGUCAAUCCACCUACACAUUUGACUGCCAAGCCAGAUGCCUUUCGACAGGUUCAGUUAGAACAAUCCACUAUAGAACAUUAUUAUGGACAAACCAAACACUAUCCAGAUUACCAGCAGCCUUCUACAAGUUAUCCAUUACCAUCAAAACCAAAAACAUUCCUUAUUGCUUCAGAUCAACCAGGACCAUCUGGCUUACAAACACCUAAAACAAAAUUGGCAGCUUCGGUAGGUCCAGGGAGAUUGAAAAAAGCAAAAAAGGUAGCUCAAGAACAACAAGGAACACCUCAAACACGAAAAACAUACCAAUGUAACUACUCAUAUUGUAAGAAGACAUUUACUAGUUCAGAGAAACUGGAAAGACAUGAACAAACUCAUUUAGGUUCAUCGCCGUUUAAAUGCGAAAACUGCAAAAAGACCUUCACCUCAAAGUUCAAAUUGGUUAGACAUGCUCUUAUUCAUUCUGAUCGUAAACCAUUUAGUUGUACAGUGUGUGACCGAACGUUUCACCGCAAGGAUCACCUUAAAAACCAUAUCAAAGUUCAUAGUCCACAGAAGAUCAUUCACGUUUGUGAAGCCUGCAAAAAACAGUACACUUCCUUGCUCAGUUACAGGAAACAUCUGGCUUUACAUGCAGCUGAAGAAGGUAACCUAACCUGUCAAAUGUGCAGCGAAACUUUUGAUAGUAAAGAUGAUAUUUUAUACCAUUUGAAAAUACAUGCAGGUAGUCGUACAGUUAAAAAUCCAAACGACAAGAAAUUUAAAUGUGAACAAUGCGGUAGAAAGUUUUUUACAAGAAAGGACGUUCGAAGGCAUAAUGUUGUACAUACAGGCAACCGAGAUUUCCUGUGUCAAUUUUGUCCUCAAAGGUUCGGCCGAAAAGACCACUUAGUUAGACACAUAAAAAAAUCGCAUAACACCAAAUACGUAGCUGAAGAUACAGUAACUACAGCCACUAUUAAAGCUGAACCAACAGAAUCUAUUCCACCUUCGGAUGUUUCUAUCAAAUCGGAAUUUUCAGAAAGUAGCCUUUCAAACGCUCCUGAAACUUUCGGACCCGCCGAAUUAAGUUUGCCACUUAUUGAAGGAGAUCUUACCCCAUUUUUAGAAGAAAGUGAGGCUUUAUUAAAUGUCGAACCAUUAAAAGAUUUAGGUAGUACCAUUCUGGAAGACAUAGGAAGCGCACCUUCUACUUCUGGGAUACUAACCUCUGAAAAUAUAGAUGCUAGUCAAACUGUUUUAGACGAUGUGGUAUUAAAUAAUGCCGAAUUACUACUUCUACAGUCAGACGGUGACAAAAACUUACCUUUGCCUGGAUUUAGUCAGACAUUUCAGUCACCCCCUCCAGGACCUCCUCCCCUAUAAACACGUAAAACAUAGAAUAAUGUUUCAUUAUUGUCAGAUUCGAACAAAACUUGAAAUAUUCAUUUUUAUUGUGAUGAUCCAAGGAUUGGAUUAUGAACAUAUGGUGACACAUGUUGAGACUAUAUGCACACAAUUACUGCGAAAAUUACCCUUCACAUUUCAAGAACGAAACCAUAUAGUUAUUAUUUCCAUUAGCUCACUGCUAUAGUUAGAACAAAAAUUAUAAAAAACUAGGAGUUCAAGAGAAAAUCGUUUCUUUUUUCUUGCAGAUUAUUAAAUAGUAUUGUAGGAACUUAUGUAAACUCAUCUAUUGUGGUACUGUGAUGUGUAGGUGGCACUCAAAUGACUGAAGAAAAACUCAUGAACCAUUGUUGACGAUCAAAUCAUAUUUUUCCCAUCGAUUAAAGGGUUCGUUCAAAAUUUUUAGGACUUCAUGUGUCUACAUGAUUUAUAACAAAUGUGGAAUCUAUUGACAAUCCUGCAAUGAGAAAUAAAUCUGUAUACUCUGCAUUAUGAAUUUCGACUCAUGAUUCUAUUUGGUUUGUUUUUUAACAACGUUCAAUAUUAUCAACAAUAUUUUUUCACAUUCAAAUCGAUGUAAAGUAUAUUAUCUCAUUUAUUUACAUUUCUUACUAAAGUUACGCAAGUAAUUUGGAGAAGGCCAGAGGAGCUGCUUUCCUAAAGAAAUAUUGGGGAACAAGGGGACUAAUUUACGUACUGAUACAAUUUGGAGGUCAAUAUGGAAUUUGUGAUUGUGGAUGAUGCCUAAUUGACAUGAAAAUGUAUCAUGAGAUAUUUUUUCAAUAUCUUACCAUAACAUUUUCAUUUCUUUUUAUUGAUAACUCUAACGAAACUAUAAAUAUUUACAGAUGAGAAUCAUUUUCAAGAAUUCGCCUGCUUCAAGACCUGACCUAUAACUUAUAAAUAAAUUACUCUUUCAUUGUAUAAUUUAGAUACGUUGAAGUGGAUUUUUCUCUUAUGUCUACAUCUGAAAAUUAUUUUUUUUUGUUUUAUGAUUUAUAUAAACAAAGUUGAAUCAGUAUAUUAUACACAAACAUCAAAUAAGGUUGCUGGCAAAAUUCUACGGAGCUGUUUUAUUUAUUUAUGUAUUUCUAAUUAUUCAAUUAUUGUUAUGUAACCACCUAUUAGACAUUUUUCUGUAAAUUUUAUAGAAUCUUCUCUUUUUUUUUUCUUCAGGUAAUAUAUUAUCCCAAAGUACUUUUAGGAAAUCAGUGAUACACACAAUUUCAGAAAGAAAAGUAAAGAACACACUUCAUAUGUGCUUAUUAUUUUAAUUAUCCAACAACCAAAUAUAUAAUGAGAAAAAAAAAAUAAUAAUAUAUUUAAUAUUGUAGUGAAGUAUUUUUGUACUGAUAAUACACAUUUUAAUGAUUUUUAUUCAUUUUUGUUUAUUAUUUAUAUUAUUAUUAGCGCUUCUUUUUACUGCGAAAGGUAUCAGUCGAUUUAGAUCUGAAUUAAUGGUUGCUUUUCGUGCAUUAAGAUUAUGGACAGUUUGUACAGAAUGUACGAGUUUAUAACCAACGUCAGUAUUUCAUUUUUAAAAUCACCCUCACAUUCUGAGCCCUAGGCUGUAUUAUCUGGAGUUGUAUAAUUCCAUAUAAAUCCUUAAAAAUUAGCUCCUUCAUUUGUUUUUCGGUGUAAUAUCUUUGCUGCCACAUUUUGUAUCUUUUAUAGUAAUAUUUACACUGCAAAAAAUCACAAAAAUGAAAUUUUAGGAAAGUUUACGCCUUGGCGAAUACAAUAUAAGUAAACCAACAUUUUUAAUACGGUUUUAAUCCAUACUAGCCUAUGAAACCAAAGCUUUCUAGAAGUAAGCAUUGUUUUAUAAACCACUGGAAUAAUAAUUUUCCACCAAUCAUUCCGCAUCUUCAAUGCUUAAUUGAAAUUGAAAAUAAUAAUGCUUAAAUUUCAUUGAUGGACAUUAAUACCCCGAGUUAGUAAUGGUGAAAUUAUGUUGCUCCUGUUCAUCAAGUAGAUACGUACCAGAUUUAAUAUUUUACAAAAAUCAAAAAGUUUAUUUGCACUAUCGUGAACGUCCACAUCAAUGCAUAUGUGAAUAUAUUGAAGUCUAAUAUAAUAUCUAUGCUAAGUAUUUUUUCAAAUGUAUUUAUUAUAAAUAUUAGAACAAUUUUUAAAUAUUUCAAAAUUAUUAACCUAAUUAAAUUGAUAAGAUUCAAUACUGUAUUCAUCUAAAUGACUUUUUAAUUGGCGCAUUUAACAUGUUUUUAGAAGUGUGUAAAAAUGGGUUUAUUAAGCUAUUGUUAAAAUUUGGAUACCCCAAUGUAAACUAUUUUUGUAGAUCUAUCAUCUUUAAUUAAAUUCCCAGGCGAAUUAACUCUUUCUCACUGCUCCAACAAUAAUCGUCAUAUUUCAAACAAGUAAGAAACUACUUUCUUGGUGAAUUAUUAAAACCAGUAUGGAGACCCAUUCAAUAAUUGUUGACUAUAUUGUGAAAAGGCCAGUUUACGAUUCUCAUGUGUAACUACCGCGUCCAUAAUAUCGACACGUAUAUUGGCGACCAUUACCUCUUUUACGCUUCAUUGAAUUAUAGCGAAACGAUGACAGACAAUUUGUUUCUUCUGGAUAUGGUCUGACAUGAAGUAAUUUAUGUCAAACAAUCAUUUAUUAGUACAUUUAUUGAGUUCGAACUGACAUUAAUGAAAUAUUAGUUUAAGUUUAAUUUUUUUUUACUUUUUAUUUCAUUUGUUUUUAUAAAUAUUUGUUAGUUGGCCUUUGUUAACCUACAAAAAAAUUUAUUAUUUACAUGAGAGAGAUUGCUAAAACAUUAUUAAGAGUAUAAUAAUUUUCCCAUACUGUAAAAUUUUUUGCAUCAGAUCGAAUAUAUCAAUGUAAACUUGGAAUUUUGGUCAAAACUUCAAUAUAUGAAAAAAAGCUGCAUUGGGUCUACUGUCCUCUGAUACAAAUAAUUUCAGUUAGAUUUUGAUUAGUUUUUCAAUGUGCGACAAUCUCAAAAAAUUACUAAUAAAAUAUAUAAUGCUUCUACCAAAUUCUCUACUGUAAAAAACUAUAACUCUUGAAAUCAAAGGCCAAUGAUAGACUUUCUAAUAAUGAGAUUUAAUUCGAAAAUUAAUAUUUGAUCUGAAAUUAAAAAAAAAGUACCUAACCUUAGAACAUUUUCGCGGUUGGAAGAUUCCCAUCUGUUGAAAGUCUCAUUUUUUAUUAUUUUUUCAAGUUGUUGAAAGAUCUAAACAAAUAAUUUCUAGCCAUUCCUUUUUCACAGGCCAGCUGCACGUGAAGUUUGUAUUUAUAAAAUUUAAACAAUGUUAUAAUUUAAUAGUAUCCAAAAUUCAAUUUUAAAAAUAGGUCCAAAAUAAGUAAGUUUGGUCUGUUUCAUAGUUCAAAGUAAUUAGUUUAUAUUUCGAAUGCAAAGAAGAUAUCUAACAAAAGCUACUUGUCUUAGUUUGAUAACUUGAUAUAUUAAUAAGCCUACAUUUUUCACUUGAGCAACUUGAACUAUGAUAUCUAAUGGCUCUAUUAGUCAUUAAAUACAAAUUUUUCUGCAAAUGUACAACUCUAUUUUCCACUGGGCAUUUAAACUAUUAACGAGAAGUAUGAUACUACAUAUGUGACUUUGAAUCAAAAUAUUCAAUGACUAAAAAACAUUUUAAAAAGAGAAAUUCUGGUUCAAAUUCCACAAUCACAAUAAUGAUUUUAAAAUAAAACGUCAAAGUGUCGUUCGCUAAAUUAAUACCCCAAAAGUGGUGUGGCUACAAAUUUUAUUUCUUCAUAUCUUUUCUCAGGAUGCUAACAAAUAAUUUAAUAUUAUUGAAACAACAAAAUUAUAUACCAUGAAUAUAAUGAAUAUGUAAGUCAUUAUAUUCAUCUGUGCAAAUUGGUUGGUAACUUUUAAACGCUUUAUAUUAGUACAAUAAUUAGAUGUUUGGAAAAAAAUCCUUGAAAUGUAUUAAACAAAAAAUUAAGAUUUUUUCAGUAUCUAUGAAAAAUUGUUUACAAUUUUAAUCUUUUAAUUAUUUACUCAAUUUUAUUAGUAUGAAAUAUAAAUUGACCAAGUUGUAGACGAACUAUUUUAUUAUAAUAUAUUCAUAUUCAGUAAAAUAAUAAUGAACGAAACACAUAUUGUUUAAAAAGGAGAAAGAUUAUUUUCUAGUCAAAUCCCAAUAUGAAAAUUUGAAAGCCAAAAUAAUAAUUUACAGCUCAUUUAAUGAAACUAUUUUAUCUAAACUUUUAAACAAGCUGCAAAAUUAGAGCCAUAGUUGUUAUUUUUUAGUCAUUUUAGACCACAAUGGUGAUUUUUGUUUAAAAAGGUGAGAGAUUAUUUUCUAGUCAAAUCCCAAUUUGAAAAUUUGAAAGCCAAAAUAAUAAUUUACAGCUCAUUUAAUGAAACUAUUUUAUCUAAAAUUUUAAACAAGCUGCAAAAUUAGAGCUAUAAUUGUUAUUUUUCAGUCAUUUUAGAUCACAAUGGUGAUUUUUCUGUUGAGCUCAACUCAUGACAAAAAAUCCAAGUUUGCAAUAAUUUUUUUAUUAGCAUAAAUUUUGAACAAUCUGCUCUGUAUAUCCAAUAAUAGUAUUGGUUUUUGUUUAAUUUCCUUUAACCUUUUCAAGUCAAAUGAAGAUUUCGAUCCCUCUUAUUCUCCAUUCUUCCACUGUCUUCUUUCUCACAGUUCCUUAAUUCAUAUGUUCAUAGCAGUUCAACCGUAUUUUGCAAAUUUUAUUCUAGGUUCUGGUUUUGUUACUAUCCUAAUUUCUUUGAUUUAAUUCUUGUCAAAUGUAGUUUUCCUUGCUAGUUUCCUCAUGGGUUUUAAUUCCUCUACGAUUCAUUUGCUUUCUAAGCUGCCCAUGUCAUUUCUUUAUAUUUUGAUUUUCUUGUAUGUUUUAUUUGUUCCGUUUCAGUUUGUUCUAUUUUUGUAGCCUUGUUUUGUUACUAUUCUAAUUUCUUUGAUUUAAUUCUAGUUUUCCCUGCUAUUCUUCUCAGGGGUUUUAAUUUCACUACGAUUCACUUGCUUUUUAAGCUGUCCUUGUCAUUUCUUUAUAUUUUGAUUUUCGUGUAUAAUGUUUUAUUUGUUACAUUUCAGUUUAUUCUAUUUUUGUAGCCUAUACUGAAUUUUUAUAUUCAGUUUGUGUAUCCAGAUGUGACUUUCUUAUCCAUGUUUAUUAUAAGAAAUAAUAGGCUUAAACUGUCCCAUUGCUUUAUACUUUUGUACAUUAGAAAGUACUGUUUAUAUUCUUAUUCUAAUGACCUUGUCAAAGAUAAUUUCAAAUUGUACACACCAAGAUCAACUCAAAAUGCAAUAAUUCGAAAUUAUAGUUUGCCCUUCCUCAAACAACUACUUUCCUGGACAAUCCGCGACGAAUAUUGGAUUAUAUCUCCUCCGGAGAAAGUAAUGUUUAUCGACCUUUCUGUCGAUACCAGCAUCCCUAAUAUAAGAGAUGAAUAAUAGUUAUUAUAUAUUUUGAUAUAUCAUCGCCAACUUGACUAGAGAUUCGCAGUUGAAAGCUAUCAUCUGCCGGACCAACUAGCAACGCUCGCUGGUGUUGUCUUCAGUUCGCUUUAGAGACUCCGAACGAGAGGCUGUUACGCCACUCUGAAGAAACGUAAAAACGGCGAAACUAGUCAGCAGUUACAAUCCUCUCCUUGCUGUUGCGAGCCUUUAGUAUGUUGACAUCAACAAAAAGGUCGAUGAACAUCACUUACUAAGUCACUUACAAAGUAAAUAAUUUGAUAAUAAUAAACAAAUUCUUCAAAAAUAUAAAGAAAAUUUAGAUAUAAGAACAAAAAGGGGAGAAUGGAUCAUGGAUAAGUAUUACUUAUAUUAUUAAUAUAUUACUACCUAGUCACAACAAAACUAAAAAUCAAGGCAAACUAGAAGCAGAACAUAAAAAUAAAAAUUCAGAAAUCGAUAAAAAUUAAUAGAAUACUAUAAGGGAGACAACCUCAAAGAAAUACAAGGAUAUGAUGAGAAUGAAUGCAAGAAAUACAAUAAACACAAUAGAAGAGGAAGCAGAAAUUAUGACGAAAAACUGAAAAUAUCAUCAUAAUGACAUCUGAAAGUAUAUGUAGUAAUACAAUCAUCGACAGAAACAGAAAACAAAAUGGUAGAUAGAAUAAAUUGAAAUUGAGAAGUAGUUGGAUAAAUUGAAAUUGAGAAGUAUUUGGCAAUGGAAACUGAAGAAUAUCGAUGAAAAUAUAAAGAAGAAAGAACAUGUAAAUGAGCUAGAAAAAUAGUGCCAUGGGAGGAGUUUGGGCGGAAAAUGGAGAAAGCAACACUAAAGCUAUUUUAUAAAACUAUAAAGAACCUAGAAAAAUAAAAACAAUGUGAAAUAAAUCUAACCUAACCAAUAAGCUAACAUUUGAUACAUACCUAAAAUGACAAGAGAGAUAAGUUAGAGAUAUACAGGAAGCAUGAUCAAUUAACAAACGGAAAAGAGUUAGACCUAAGUAAAUACCUGGGAUCAAGAUAUAGCAGAAAUACCGGAAAAUAGCUUUCGAUAUAUAACUUGUCAUUUUCAUUGGCUGAAAUAAAAUUGUUUACUUUCGCAAUCUGAACUUGGUUAUUUAAAGGUCUGCCAUUUUAUUGGAUUGUAAUGGAUAGUAAUUCUUACAAUUGAAAAAAAAGACAUAUUUUUCUACGGCCAUAUAUGAAAUAUCAACUUCAUCGUUCAACGGGUAAAAAUAAAAUGAUGAUUUUCACUUUUUUCUGUUAAUUGAAAUCGCAAUUAUUGCAGUAUUUGUUUCAUUCAUCCAAAUAUUUAUAACAUUCUUGCAAAUCUUGAAAACAGUGAAUUAGUCGAGGCUUCCAAGGGAAACUAGAAAAUUUCACCAAUUUAUAUCAAAAAUCAUAAUUAGCACAUUAACACCAAGACUUAUUUUGAGUCUUUUAUGUACUUUUCUCGUUUGUAACAUAAGUUAAGUUUUGGUUUCGCCUAAUUAUUAUUUUGAGGAAUAUGUUUUUUAAAAAUUGUACAUUCUUCAUGUCUGUUGCUGUUUUAAAUUGCUCUAUUGAUUGUUGAACACUGCCUAUUAUAUAUUUUGUUAUUGAAUGAACCUUAUUGCAGUAUUUUUUAUUACAUAUCGAUUUUCACAUGUAAGAUAUUUUAAUCAAUUUUUGUUGGAAUUAUUUACGUUACAGUUUCACCAAGAUUGAUUUAUUCUGUAAAGUCGCGUUAAUCGAAAUAAAAUGAGGUACUUUAACUUUCCACAUAUUAGAAAUAAGCUAUUUACUAAAUACAGUUACUCAUUGAAAUUACAAGUGCUGCUUGAAAUUAAUAACAAUAAAAACCUUUUCAUUUUUCACACUGUCUAUUCAAUAUAAAGUACAUUAGAUUAUUUUGUUUAUUUUCCAAAUAUAUUUAAUAUGUGAUUUAUAUUGAUUUAUAUAUUCGACUUUUUCACAUAAUAGUAUUUUAGUAAUUGGUAGAUUUCAAGGAAAGUUAAAUGUCAUAACUGGAACUUAUAGUGAAACCAUAAAUAAAUACGAAUUCAACUUCUUCUCUCGUGAACAGCGUGCGUAUUAAUUUGUGAGAGUGUUAAAAAAUAACCAAAAUCAUCAAAUGUAAAUAUUUUUACAAAUUAAGAACUAUAUUUUUGUAGAUUAAGGACUUACGAAAAGUUUAUCAAUUCACAAAAUAGAUUAUUUUUAUUAAAAAUCUCUGAAAAUCAAUAAUCAAUUAUGCAAAAUAGAAAAAUCAAACCUAACAUUAACUGUUUACUAUAACCACUACACUCACAAUUACACUGUCUGACAAGCUUUUACUUUCGGUUGAGUAGUGUGUUUCCUAUUAAUUCACAAAUGCUUUUAAAAAUCUGACAGUGGAUUCAAACAUAUAAACUCACCUCACAGUUUUCACUCUUCGUACAAAACCCAAUUGAUGUCCGUCCUCCAUUUUUCAGUAGUAACUGUUUAAAUGACUUCUUACACCAUUAAAAAUUAUCCUUCUACAUUUGCUUCCCAAUUAAUUCUAUAGGAUUUAAUUAACAAUCAUUAUCAAUAGCUUGACAGGUCAGGUUGGAUCAACCCUUUUUUCCUAGUGACAACAGUUUCCCUGUGCUUAACCUUUCCACUGCAAAAUUCUUUUCAACACUUGCUAUCCAUCUUGAUUUUUAUCGUCUUCUUCCUCGCUCUUUUAGAGAUUUUGACAUAAAGACCUUUUUUACUCAUUUCUUCGCUCAAUAUUUGCCACCCAGUUUAAUGUGUCAAUUUUAAUAAACUUCAUAAUGUCAAGAUCUUUGUAACAUUUAUACAUUUCAAAAUUGAAUCGUUGUCUCCAACAAUUAUUUACAUUGGAUACCUUCUAGAAAAGAAUAUUUCGCUUAAAGUACCUAGAUAGGCUACAUCAGAUUUCGUUAGAAUCCAGUUCUCAGUGUAGGCAGACAAGAGGGUAAACCCUAUUACACCCGAGUAGUUCGAGUGGUGCCUGCCGUGUGGAGGUGCAAGUGAAUAUUGAACUUAAACUGUGGGUUGUAGUAUUCGGGAACGUCGUGCCGUGGUAACUGAUUCCACAGGCUUGAAGGGACCAAAUCCUGAGCCGUAGUGCAAACCUUUUUUGUAAAAACAGCAAUCUGGAUUUUUCCUGCAUUAGAGGUACCACCCCACAAAAGAAGGUUUCAAAAUCAGUAUUGAUGGUAGAGAUUUGUUGCUGCCUACGGGUUUGGAUGUUAGCCGAGUUUAUUGGUAGCUAUAAAUCGAGUUUGCAGUUUUAUCGAGUAUAUUGUUGAUGCGCAGGAAAAAGAGUGUAAGUGUCCAGAUGCAUACCUGAGUAUUGUUGGAUUUGUAAACUAAUUUCAAAUCUACUCUAAUAACAAUAUUUUUAAUGCUUUCAUUUUAUUGAACGAUACUUGGUUUUUGUCCUCUUUUAAAUUUUUAUUUUGGAAAAUUGUGAUCUCACAAACAGAUUCAACCGGUGACGAUUGAUUAACUUUCUACUAUUUUCCUUUCAUAACCGUUAAGGUUAUAGCUAUAGCUAUAUCCUUAAUUAAAUUAUUUUCCAUAUUGUAUAUCUGAAUGUUAAUUAAUGAGGAAAUGGAAACUGAUCAGUUAAUACUAUAUGAAAAGAAUCAGCCGCGAUAUACUUGCAAGUAGCAUUCUUGAUACCUACAAAAGGAAUAUUUUGGUUGGAUAUUUCUAAACUAUUUAAGAGAACAUAAAGCUCAUAUUAUUGAUUCCAAUUGAGAUAUGUCAAAGUUAUUUUCGACGGGAGAUUCUCGUGAAUUUAUGGUUCGACUAUCAUCAAAAUCCGACAAAAGAUAGAAUAAAUAAUCUAUUAAUUUAAUAAGUAAGUCUUGGUGAGACGAUGUAUACAGGGUGAUUAUGAAAUUAUUUUUAAUUUAUGACAUUUUAUUUAUAUUAAGAUUCCAUGCAAAUUUACAUGUUACCUGUAACCCAAAAUCUGGUUGAAUUGGUAAAGAAUACCUCUGACACAAAAUAUCUUAUGUAUUUUAAUUAAUUUUAAUAAUAACAUUUUUAUUAAUAAUUUUCUUUGCCUGUUUUUGUAAAGCUUGAAAUGACUUAGAAUAAUUCAUGUACAUUUAUCAAUUAUUUUUAAAAAGUAAUCCAUUUUUAUGAUUUCGCGUUUUUAAGAUUUUUAAAAUGUUCCUGAAAAUUGGAGAGAUGUAUGAUAGUAAAGACAUAAUAUCUUCAUGAUUUUCUUCCGUUAAUGGUCUAGUGGUGGUGUACAAUGGAAAGAAUUUAAUAUUUCCAUACAUGUUUAGUCUUCCUUUUUAGGUGAAAGAUCCAAAAAGUAGAAUUUGGAAUCAUCUAAAGAAGUAUAGAGCAUUUUAUAAGAUUCAUUGUUCAAGAAUCUCAUUCAUUGAAUUUGCAGCCAAGAGACAGAUUCGCCUUUCGUUGAAAUAAAAUCCGGCUACGACGUUCGUAUUAUGCAAAAUGUAUUUCUUCUUCUACACUUUUAUAUCACUUCGUAAUAAUGCUCAGGGUUGUAUAAGUAACAUGGUUUUCUCAAAAAUUGAACUAAUUAAAAGUUCACUAUCCACCAUUUUUAAUAUUAGAUGCAAGUAAAUUUCAUCCGAGUUCAAUCGAAACAUCCGAAAAAUCAAAUAAAUUUGAAUUUGUCCGAUACCACAAAAAUUCGGCCGAAGUCGCUGGUCCGAAUCAAUUUUACAGGGACCAUAUCAUUGUGUUCAUAAAUGAAACGAUCGAAAUAAUCUGCCAUACACAGCCCAAAUUAAGUUCGACCGAAAGCCACUUUGAUCGAGGCCUAACGAGUACGUAGGAUUAACAAAGGAGAAUUGUAUUUAAAUAUUUUAUCCAAAAUGGAGAAACUCCUUAUAAUAAAAAAUAUUACACAUAUCUAAAGUUAGACUCGGAUGAAAAUUUCAUAUCGUGAAUAACUCAUAAUUUUUUCUUCGAAGUAGUUUAUUUUUUUUUCAGAAAAAUCUAUAUGUCCGUUGGCGUGCUGCUUACGAAAGAAGUAUAUAUUAAAAUCACUCUGUAUAUUUCCGGUAUUGAGACUAAAAUGGAAACAUCUUUCACCACACUGUGUUAAAUUAGCGUUUACCUAAAAAUAUUUUGGUGCUAAAAACAUAAUUGUUAGCUUUAUAUAUUAUACAUAAAUUUUGAAAUAUUGCCAAGAUUUCUUGGGCGGAAUGAAUAUGUGAUUGUAAUAUAAUAAGGAAGGUAGUUUCGUAUAUGAGAAAUUUUGGGAACGUUUCAGCUUUUGAUAGAUGUUAAUUGUUAAUUUUUAAUUUAUAGUUGUAUUAAACACUCAUAACUUAAUGUAAUCAAGUACAAACCAUAGAAAUUUUGAAAACCAUCUACUAUUUCCCAUUUAUAACUUACGAUUUUGGAAAUAGUUGAAUGUCCGAUAUUAAUCAGAAUGCAAGGUCGUAAAAAUGAAAAGGAAUAUUCGGAGUCUAUCAAAACUCUGGAAGUGUCCUGAAAAACUGAUACUACGAAUUAUAUGAAAUUAUAAAUAAAAUUUAUUUCGAAUUAGGUAUGUAAAUUCAGUGUUAUCAGAUUAUCUAUUCUUAUCGUGUUUAAUAGUACCUGAGGGUUUUUGUUAAAUACAUGGUAUUACAUUUUAGCUCAACUUUAAUGCAAGUUUAGCUAAAUAUAAAACUUGAGAUUCUAUGUUUUCAGGAAGGUCUCAGGGUCCAAUCAUAAUGCACGAUGUUAAUUUUAAAUAGAACAGGUUUUAUUUUUUAUUAUUACCUAUGAUAGAAGAUUAUAUUACAAUUAUUUGUGGAACAACAUAUCUGCCAAAUCUUCGCGGCAUCGCUAGCGUAACUCUAUUUGAUAGUUCAUAUUUUCGAGUUCAACGGUGUCAAAUCACAUUAUCGUGGCGACUACAAUGUUAGAUAAUACUGCUGUUUAAUUUCCCCCUCAAAAAAGCCAUUAUUUCGUUGGCAGUGUGGCAGUGUGGCACUGUCCUAUCUCCAGCUCCUUAUCCUCCAUUACUGGUCUUGGUCUUAAAUACCAUUGUUAUUUCAUGAUAACUUCUUGACCGACCCCAUUUUCGAAGAACUAAAGCCGCCAAUCUAUUAACCCCACACAAACAAUCUCUCGUUGAUUGUCAUUUGCUCAAUUACGACAUUUCUUUUUAUCAACGAUUCCGUUAAGGUGAAAGUGGAAUUCAUCGCUAUGAUUUUCACUUCUUUAUAUUCAACCAACCAUUAUUAACGAUGCUUGUAACAGUCGCUAGGCUUCAGCUCUUGAUUCAAGGUUAAUGGCUCUUCUACACUAUCUGCAUUCCAGAUUUGCUAAAAUUACGAUUGUGAACCUAUAUGAAUAAUGCUGAUCAAAAAAUUCACGAAAUGUGUUUUUAUUUAAACGUACAUUCUCAUUGAGGUCUCUUCAUCUCUUCUUCUCUCUCUCUUCUUCUCUCUCUCUUCUUCUUCAAAUUUCUUGGCGCUCUGCUAAAUUUCUGACAUUAUGGAUAAAUACGACAAAGAAUGAAAUGAUGAAGUGUCCAAUAAAGCUAGAAAAAACUUGGCCUUAAGCUGUGAUACAAUUAUUAUCGUGCAUGAAAUCCGUGAAAAGAUAAAUUGAUAAUCAAAUAAUUGAAUUUUAUAAAUGAAAUUGUACCUGUCCCGUGUGGAACCAAUUUUAACUAGAUUUAUUUUCAGUCAUCAUAAUCAUCAAACAACCAGUCGCGACCACUGAUGGACAUGGGACUUCCUUAAUCUUUACCAAUGCGCACGGGCCCUAGCAACUAUCAUCCAUCUGGGAACCAUCCUCUUAAUAUCGUCAGACCAGCGUACCACUGUGCAUCUUCAAUUCAAUAAUUCUUUUGGUCCACUAAUUGUGUUCUUCUGGUAACAUGACCCGCCCAGCUUCAUUUCAAGCCAGUUAGUCCGUUAAACCUAUCAUAUUUCAUAUAUUUAUCACUCUGUCCCCCAGAAAUAAACCUAGCAUCGCUCAUUCCAUUCUUCACUGCAUUAUAUUGAUUUUUUUCUGGUAGCUUUUGUCAAGGUUAGAAUUUCAGCAGGCUUAGGUUAGGUGAAGUGAAGAGGCCAGACGUUAUACGAGUAAGGGGUUGAGGAAUGUUUUUAUUUAUUUGUUUGACUUGAGCAGAUUUUGUCAAAAUUAUAUGAACAGUGGCGUUAUAUGCGUGCUUCCAGUCUUGCCAUAUCGAACGCUACGUUGCGUCUCAUCACUCAAUUUCUACACCUCAAGACAGAUGAUUCUAAAAAUUCGGACAGAAUUGUGAUUGUUCAUAAGACCUUCCUGAUUAUACAAUAUCUUAAAACAUCAAUAAAUUUUAAUUCUGAAGAUCAAGUUAACUAGGCUCUUCCAUAAGUUUGUAAAAAUCACAACAGAUGUCUCCUUAGUAUUAUUUCAGGAAACUCUCCCAAAAACAGAUGAGACAGCUUUUUUGUUUUUGAGUGAGUGCAGCUUCUAAAUUGCAUCUUCUUUUUUGCGAUUCUUGUAUUUUGAUGUAACUCCGGUAAUAAUUAAUCUACCUCAUUUUGCAACAUUUCAUGCUGUACAAUCAGCUAGUCAUAGUUUUUAAGAAAAAAAUAAAUUUUUUAUAUGAUGUAAUAUAAAAUUGACUAUAUUUUACCAACAGUUAUGUAUAUAAAAAUAUUUAAGUAUUUCAAAGACAUUAUGUACAGACUAUAUUUUUAUACAAAUUAUAGUAUUAUUUAUA